AGGAAGAAGAUGUAUAAGGAGAAAGUGCUACAAGUGAAACGCGACAUAUUCACGGGUCUAGUGUUUUGUGGUGAGUUGGGGGAUAACCAGAUGUUGGUAAUCUUACAAUGGUUCAGCGUAUGUGAUAUUGGACAUUUGCUACGAUUAUAGUAUUUUUUUAACUUUUAGUAUAUGUUUUGCUCACUGCAGUAAUAAUCAGCUAUAAUUUAGUACAUUUUUAGUUUUGUGUUUCAAAGCAAUAAAUUCUCACACAAACUCAUUUUGCUGCUGUUUAAAAAUACUUGACAAACGUGCCAAAUUUCUAACCAAAACGAUUUCAACCUUGGGGAAACAACGAGGGAAAAUCUUCUUCUGUUUCUCGUAUUGAUGUAAAAAACUUUAUUAUGAAAUCAAUGUUUUUUAUUAAUUGUUUUUAAUUUUUAUUUGAACACCUACGCAAACAGAUAAACAUAUUUCAUCGGUUUUAAAGAAACAUUUUCGAAAACACGUAACUCUCUCUUUUCGAGACAAAUACUCUAGAAAUUCUAACUUGUUAUCUUUAGACAACGUAACGUGAACCUCUAAAAAGAUAAUCGUUCUGUUUUGCUUGUCAGGACAUCAAACGCGAGAAAGCUACCCGUCAAGCCGCCUGACACGUGUAUUAAGUAAACAAAAAGAAGAUGAAUAUAAUUACAGUAGGGGGUUGUUGACUUUUCUCUCAAGCACAGACGGCGCUAAUUGAAUCAAAAGGAACAAUAGAUGUUUUAAAAUUAGAAAUAAACAUUUUGAUUAUUUUGAACGCCACGUUUUUUAAGUUAACGAAAAGGUAGGCUUUUUGAUGAACCACUUUAUAAAGGUUCAACACAGUAUGCGCUAAUCUAUUUGAAAUGUUUGCAAAAUGUUGAUAUUUUUUUCACUCGUAUUUACUUUGACUCAAUGAAUGUUCUAAAUAAAUGAAUAAAGCCAACAAAAAAGGAAGAUUGAUUAAGAAUAAUCACUGAUUAACACUAUCAGUUUUUUCUAAUCUUUCGUAAAUCUUUUGAUCUUCAAAAAUCAACUUGGAGAGAAAUGUAUAUCCAUUUGUUAAUCUUCAGUGCUUUAGUAUGCAGUGUAUAUGGCUGUGGACCAAAAUCAGGCGAAGUAGAAUUCGUUAACGUUAGAUUCAACAGCAAAAAAACAGGACAUGGUUUCUCAGCCUACGUUCCUGUAUUUGUCGAUAAAAUUAAAAACUUUUACGAACGAAAUUUGACACCACACACACAAUACGUGCGAAAUUCUGUCGUUGUCGACUAUCCAUUCGAGCUGGCUGAUGAUAAAAAACUUCAAAAAAGAAAGAAGAAAUUCAACAGAAGAAAAACGAAGACAGUUUUCGAUUUACAAAAUUCAAAAAAUAAGUUAAGAAAAGUACUCAAGAUUAAUGGCGUUGAAAUGACACAAAAACACGAAAACGAAAAGUGGAGAAAGAAAUCAAAAACAAAGGGGAAACAAGAUCUGACUUUUAGGUCCAUCAAGCGUAAAAAUACACUUGGAGAUAUAAUGAAACACUACAUUUCAAAACAUAAAGACAGACCUGUUGAUAUUAGAAAUUUCUUUCGAAUGCACGUGUAAAGUUUACAUCGUUUAUACUGUGAUGUGGAGACUAGUAAUGAUUUUAUUUCCCUAUUAUAUAUUUUCUAAUGUAUAUCAUUAUUUUUAGACUAUUAAGUGAAUAAAA